AAACAACACAAACCCUCGAUAAGAAAGCACUCGAGAUAUAUAGAUCUGCACGAUCUGCAGACUCUCCCUUGCUUUAAAGGAAGAAAAAAACAUAAAAUAGGAGAAAAUAAUCCAGAGCCCUGAAGAAGGAAAUGGCGGAUACAGAGACACGACAUCUGCAGAAAAACAAAAAUGAUCCCAAGCAGACUGUACUUUGUAAAGUCUGUGGAGAUAGAGCUUCGGGUAAACACUACGGUGUUACGACCUGUGAUGGCUGUCGUGGGUUCUUUAAACGUAGUGUUCGACGCAAUCUUGUCUAUCAAUGCAAGGAGCACGGGGCGUGUCCUAUUGAUGUUGCCCGAAGAAAUCAAUGCCAGGCUUGUAGGCUCAAGAAAUGUAUCGAGGUCCAGAUGAACAGGAAUGUAAUCUUGAAAAGAAUUAAAGGUUCAGGAAACCGGCGCAG